AUUCAUGGAUGAUAAAAAAAUGAGUACAAAGAGCGAAGUGCUAUCUUUAUCGAUAAGUCCUAUUACAAAAAUUUAGUAUAAAAGCCUAUUCGGAGCAAUGAUGUAUCAGUUUCGUCUCAGUAGUCGAAAUUAAAGAUGAAAGGAAUUUUCGUGUUCUUGGCACUCCUUGGUCUGAGCUUUGGGGCUCCCAAUCCCCAGAGCUUGGUAGCUCCCAGAAGCCUAAUUGAUGACUUUGCUGACUUUAUCAAACUUCUGCCAGUUGAUGAUAUUAAGACCAUUGCUGACAAGCAUUUGGCUGAAGAUGGAGCUUUCGCUGCUGUUAUCACGUACUUGCAAGGCGACGAAUGGGCUGCUCUUGUUGAAACCAUCAAGAACAAACCAGAAGUCCAAGAUUUUGUCAAAUAUUUGACCGAUGCUGGACUUCCAGUUGAUGAAAUUGUGGCCUGGAUCCACAACCUCAUUGCCAACGCUGUUCCCGGAGUCGAACCCGAUGAGAAUGGAAGUCUUAGACCUCUUCUUGACGAAAUCGAAGCCAUCCUUCCAGUAGCUGAUUUGAUUGCUUUGUUGAACGACAAACUCCAAAAUAGUCCCGAUUUCCAAGCUUUCUACGUCAGAAUUUCAAGCGAAAAUGCUCAUGCUUUGGUCGAAGAAAUCCGUGCCAUUGACGAAGUCCAACGUCUUGCUCAAAGACUGAGGGAUUUUGGUGUUAAAGUUGACGAAGUUUUGGCGAUUGUUUACGAUUUCUUGGGAUGGGGAAAACCCAAAACUGGCAAAUCUGUUCAAAGUUUGAUUGAUGACUUCGCCGACUUUAUCAAACUUCUGCCAGUUGAUGAUAUUAAGGCUAUUGCUGACAAACAUUUGGCUGACGAUGGAACUUUUGCUGCUGUUAUCAUCUACCUCCAAGGUGACGAAUGGGCUGCUCUUGUCGAAACCAUCAAGAACAAGCCUGAAGUCCAAGACUUUGUCAAGUAUUUGACCGAUGCUGGACUUCCAGUUGAUGAAAUUGUCGCCUGGAUCCACAACCUCAUUGCCAACGCUGUUCCCGGAGUUGAUCCCGAUGAGAAUGGAAGUCUUAGACCUCUUCUUGACGAAAUCGAAGCCAUUCUUCCAGUAGCUGAUCUCAUUGCUUUGCUGAACGACAAACUCCAAAACAGCCCCGAUUUCCAAGCUUUCUACGUCAGAAUUUCAAGCGAAAAUGCUCAUGCUUUGGUUGAAGAAAUCCGUGCUAUUGACGAAGUCCAACGUCUUGCUCAAAGACUGAGGGAUUUUGGUGUUAAAGUUGACGAAGUUUUGGCGAUUGUUUACGAUUUCUUGGGAUGGGGAAAACCCAAAACUGGCAAAUCCGUCGAAAGUUUGAUUGAUGACUUUGCCGACUUUAUCAAACUUCUACCAGUUGAUGAUAUUAAGGCUAUUGCUGACAAACAUUUGGCUAACGAUGGAACUUUUGCUGCUGUUAUCAUCUACCUCCAAGGUGACGAAUGGGCUGCUCUUGUUGAAACCAUCAAGAACAAACCUGAAGUCCAAGACUUUGUCAAAUAUUUGACCGAUGCUGGACUUCCAGUUGAUGAAAUUGUCGCCUGGAUCCACAACCUCAUUGCCAACGCUGUUCCCGGAGUCGAACCCGAUGAGAAUGGAAGUCUUAGACCUCUUCUUGACGAAAUCGAAGCCAUUCUUCCAGUAGCUGAUCUCAUUGCUUUGCUGAACGACAAACUCCAAAACAGCCCCGAUUUCCAAGCUUUCUACGUCAGAAUUUCAAGCGAAAAUGCUCACGCUUUGGUCGAAGAAAUCCGUGCUAUUGACGAAGUCCAACGUCUUGCUCAAAGAUUGAGAGAUUUUGGUGUUAAAGUUGACGAAGUUUUGGCAAUUGUUUACGAUUUCUUGGGAUGGGGAAAACCCAAAACUGGCAAAUCCGUCGAAAGUUUGAUUGAUGACUUUGCCGACUUUAUCAAACUUCUACCAGUAGAUGAUAUUAAGGCCAUUGCUGACAAACAUUUGGCUGACGAUGGAACUUUUGCUGCUGUUAUCAUCUACCUCCAAGGUGACGAAUGGGCUGCUCUUGUUGAAACCAUCAAGAACAAACCUGAAGUUCAAGACUUUGUCAAAUAUUUGACAGAUGCUGGACUUCCAGUUGAUGAAAUUGUUGCCUGGAUCCACAAUCUUAUUGCCAACGCUGUUCCCGGAGUCGAACCCGAUGAGAAUGGAAGUCUUAGACCUCUUCUUGACGAAAUCGAAGCCAUUCUUCCAGUAGCUGAUUUGAUUGCUUUGUUGAACGACAAACUCCAAAAUAGUCCCGAUUUCCAAGCUUUCUACGUCAGAAUUUCAAGUGAAAAUGCUCAUGCUUUGGUUGAAGAAAUCCGUGCCAUUGACGAAGUCCAACGUCUUGCUCAAAGAUUGAGGGACUUCGGUGUUAAAGUUGACGAAGUUUUGGCAAUUGUUUACGAUUUCUUGGGAUGGGGAAAACCCAAAACUGGCAAAUCCGUCGAAAGUUUGAUUGAUGACUUUGCCGACUUUAUCAAACUUCUGCCAGUUGAUGAUAUUAAGGCCAUUGCUGACAAACACUUGGCUGACGAUGGAACUUUUGCUGCUGUUAUCAUCUACCUCCAAGGUGACGAAUGGGCUGCUCUUGUUGAAACCAUCAAGAACAAACCUGAAGUUCAAGACUUUGUCAAAUAUUUGACAGAUGCUGGACUUCCAGUUGAUGAAAUUGUUGCCUGGAUCCACAAUCUUAUUGCCAACGCUGUUCCCGGAGUCGAACCCGAUGAGAAUGGAAGUCUUAGACCUCUUCUUGACGAAAUCGAAGCCAUCCUUCCAGUCGCUGAUUUGAUUGCUUUGUUGAACGACAAACUCCAAAACAGCCCCGAUUUCCAAGCUUUCUACGUCAGAAUUUCAAGCGAAAAUGCUCAUGCUUUGGUUGAAGAAAUCCGUGCUAUUGACGAAGUCCAACGUCUUGCUCAAAGACUGAGAGAUUUUGGUGUUAAAGUUGACGAAGUUUUGGCGAUUGUUUACGAUUUCUUGGGAUGGGGAAAACCCAAAACUGGCAAAUCCGUCGAAAGCUUGAUUGAUGACUUCGCCGACUUUAUCAAACUUCUGCCAGUUGAUGAUAUUAAGGCCAUUGCUGACAAACAUUUGGCUAACGAUGGAACUUUUGCUGCUGUUAUCAUCUACCUCCAAGGUGACGAAUGGGCUGCUCUUGUUGAAACCAUCAAAAACAAACCAGAAGUCCAAGACUUUGUCAAAUAUUUGACCGAUGCUGGACUUCCAGUUGACGAAAUUGUUGCCUGGAUCCACAACCUCAUUGCCAAUGCUGUUCCCGGAGUCGAACCCGAUGAAAAUGGAAGUCUUAGACCUCUUCUUGACGAAAUCGAAGCCAUUCUUCCAGUAGCUGAUCUCAUUGCUUUGCUGAACGACAAACUCCAAAACAGCCCCGAUUUCCAAGCUUUCUACGUCAGAAUUUCAAGCGAAAAUGCUCACGCUUUGGUCGAAGAAAUCCGUGCUAUUGACGAAGUCCAACGUCUUGCUCAAAGAUUGAGAGAUUUUGGUGUUAAAGUUGACGAAGUUUUGGCAAUUGUUUACGAUUUCUUGGGAUGGGGAAAACCCAAAACUGGCAAAUCCGUCGAAAGUUUGAUUGAUGACUUUGCCGACUUUAUCAAACUUCUACCAGUAGAUGAUAUUAAGGCCAUUGCUGACAAACAUUUGGCUGACGAUGGAACUUUUGCUGCUGUUAUCAUCUACCUCCAAGGUGACGAAUGGGCUGCUCUUGUUGAAACCAUCAAGAACAAACCUGAAGUUCAAGACUUUGUCAAAUAUUUGACAGAUGCUGGACUUCCAGUUGAUGAAAUUGUUGCCUGGAUCCACAACCUCAUUGCCAACGCUGUUCCCGGAGUUGAUCCCGAUGAGAAUGGAAGUCUUAGACCUCUUCUUGACGAAAUCGAAGCCAUUCUUCCAGUAGCUGAUCUCAUUGCUUUGCUGAACGACAAACUCCAAAACAGCCCCGAUUUCCAAGCUUUCUACGUCAGAAUUUCAAGCGAAAAUGCUCAUGCUUUGGUUGAAGAAAUCCGUGCUAUUGACGAAGUCCAACGUCUUGCUCAAAGAUUGAGGGACUUCGGUGUUAAAGUUGACGAAGUUUUGGCAAUUGUUUACGAUUUCUUGGGAUGGGGAAAACCCAAAACUGGCAAAUCCGUCGAAAGUUUGAUUGAUGACUUUGCCGACUUUAUCAAACUUCUGCCAGUUGAUGAUAUUAAGGCCAUUGCUGACAAACACUUGGCUGACGAUGGAACUUUUGCUGCUGUUAUCAUCUACCUCCAAGGUGACGAAUGGGCUGCUCUUGUUGAAACCAUCAAAAACAAACCAGAAGUCCAAGACUUUGUCAAAUAUUUGACCGAUGCUGGACUUCCAGUUGACGAAAUUGUUGCCUGGAUCCACAACCUCAUUGCCAAUGCUGUUCCCGGAGUCGAACCCGAUGAAAAUGGAAGUCUUAGACCUCUUCUUGACGAAAUCGAAGCCAUCCUUCCAGUCGCUGAUUUGAUUGCUUUGUUGAACGACAAACUCCAAAACAGUCCCGAUUUCCAAGCUUUCUACGUCAGAAUUUCAAGCGAAAAUGCUCAUGCUUUGGUUGAAGAAAUCCGUGCUAUUGACGAAGUCCAACGUCUUGCUCAAAGAUUGAGGGACUUCGGUGUUAAAGUCGAUGAAGUCUUGGCAAUUGUCUACGACUUCUUGGGUUGGGGAAAACCAAAGAAAUUUUAGGUUUAGUUGAUGAUUUUGUAAAAAUGCAUCACAAAGUUUUGUGAAAAAAUGUAUUCAUUGUGAUAAUAAAUAUUUUUAAUAAUUAA